AUGCCCAGCCUGGCGAAUGCUGGCACCUCUGUCGCCUCACCAGAACACUUGGAUCCGCCCCAGUUGAGGGCCCACAAGUCUCUACGUCGCCGGCCAAAUGUUCCCUUGAACUCUCCAUCCGUCGCCCAAACAAUAAAACCGGUGGGCCACAAUGGCCUCCCGUCAGGGACAGCCUCUCUGCCACGAGCUCCCGUUCGUCCCUUAACGCCUCCCGCGGUCGCCUCAACUGGAGACUCGAACAUCCACGGGGCGCAUAUCGCAACAACACCUUCUUUACUUUCGGUGAGCGAUGCGAUAACCCCGAGGCCAUCGCAUCCUCCCACACCCGAAACUACCCCUCCUCAAGUCGCUGCCUCGGCUCAGCGUCCGGCCCUCAAGCAACUCGCCCAGUCCUUCUCCUCGUCUCGGGCGGAUUCCUUUCGCACUGCGCUGGAAAUCAUCUCAGAUGCUGGAACUGAAACCCCAUCUCGGUCAGCCCGGUCCUCCUCGUUUCUAACCAGACAGAGCGAUUCGUCCGAUCACAGCGACACGCGAAGCGGAGAAACAACACCGGUACCAAACCAUACUUCUGAUCGGAUGCGUUCCGCGACACCAGAGAUGUCUAUCGCAGAGAGUCGGCAAGAUGCGACACUAAAUCCCCCAGCACCUGCUCCCCGUCAUCAGGGAUCUGCAUCUAGCCGUACCGACCGCAACUCAGACACGGCGGAACACCCAAUUUACAUGGUCGAGUCGGAUGCAGACAGCACGGACGUGCUUCCCGUCCGCGCGAAAAGCGAACGAAGGCAGGGGGCUGACUCGCACGAGCCUGUAGGUGGAUUGUCAAUCGAGCAGUUUCGCGAGCAAAUCGGCUGGCCCCAGACGGAGCCUACUACAGCCGAGCCUGACGCCUCGCGAAGAUUCUCCAAUGUGUCCACGACGUCCACCGUUGAGGUUAUGAUUAUUGACUCGCCGCGAUCAACUCAACGUUCACUUCGUCACACUGAGAAGAGGAGCUCUCUCCGCUCAGUCAGCUCUCCCUUGACGAAAUCGGAGCACACCUCACUGGUCUCUAAUCCGGACUCGCAGCAUCGCCUGGUUCAUAAGAGCGCGCGCAUUACAGAACAUGAUCGUCGAAGUGUUGCGUCGGAGAUGUCUAUUUCAGGGAUUUCGGCAAUGAGCUUUCUCCCACCGAAUGUGGAAAUAGUACCGGUGGUGGUGAUCCCUGAGCGGCGGUCGUCCCUUAAGUCUUCGACUUCGACCAGCCGGAAUACCUCCCAAAGUCGCUCCCGACGUUCGAGUCGACGAGCUCCGGUCGCCUCGGGCAGCCGCCCAGGCUCGCUGGAACCUCCGCGCCGCAAGGAGCGGACGCUGUCCGAUGCGAGCACCAACGCGGACAAGCGGGCGCAAUCUCGAGGCCGAAGCGAUGGUCGACCAGUCAUCCCACAGCGUAAUUCGUCGCUGUCCGCACCAACCAGUCGCAAUAAUUCACGGACCACAUCUCUCACCUCUGAGAGCCUACGAAAUCACACGAUGGCAAUGGAGCAAGAGACGCGAAAGAAGCCAGCGCCACUUCCUCUGUCCCAACCCGAGGGGUCGUCCCACGGCCGGCCUGCGCACGAUGUUCCAGAAGCCGCGAAAACGCAAUCCAUCAUCAUCGGCGUCGAAGACAUGUCGCAUCUCCGGCCGCCGUCCAUGCCCUAUACUCAAGUCUCCAUCCCGUCUUCAUCUCCCGGAGUGAUCGAAAUCAGUGAGGCGAGGACCAUCGCCAUUUUCCCGCAUAACAACGAGUCAUUAUUGCUGGUAGAGCCACAAUCACAACCUACCACGCGUGAACAGAUUCCUGAUAUAGCAUCCCAGAACAAGCCCCAAACGCCGGUCCCAUCGACGCAGUUCGAGGUGGAGUCACCAUUGAAGAAUCCCCGCCAACCGCCCAAGCCACCGGUCUGCCACGUCUCGCCCCCGUCGCCCGUGCAAGACGCCAAUCGCCAACUGGGAGCCGCCGUGAGUGAAGCCGAUGCGAAUGGACGUCCGGCCCGUCGGUUCGGGUCUAUCCGGCGUCCGUGGAUGGUACGUCCUCGGUCUGAUUCAUACAAUUCUGCUCUCGGGUCUUUCUCACUGACGUCCGUGAAGAACCGCAAGGCGGACAACCCCGAGAUCGACGGGCGCCUGCAGCCCUUCUGGCGACCGCGUCGCUUCUGGGACGACUCGGAGACCGACACGUCCUCCCCCAACGGGAGCCCUGUCGAAGACCGCCACCACGAGCCCGACACGGUGAUCAAAAACUCGCUGGGGAUGCCGCAGCAGCGGACGGUGCUGGAGGGGCCGCCCAUCGCGCGCAACCCGGAGACCCGCCGACGGCUGGGCGGCCACCACCAUGCUGCCAACCGCGGCACCCUGGUCGGCAGCAGCCAAGUGUUCACGCCGGAAGCCCUGUACUCGCAGACUUCGCUUCAUCACCACCGGUUCCAGUCCCUGUCGUGGUGGCGGUUGCGACUGCGAGCCGGCAAGGUACGCAACCUCCGCAAACGCAUGCGCCGGGUGUGGCAGCAGCACGGCGAACGUCGACGCGAGGCCAAGCGCGAGAAGCUGAAGCAGAGCAUUGGGGAUGCGGUGCUGGUCAAUUCCAGCACGAGCCCGAGGCCAUAG